AUAAUAAUGAGAACAUAUGAGAGAUACUGGUGGUGGGUUAAGAAGAAGAAGCAGAUGGCUUUGGUGUUGUUCAUGAUAGUAACGUUGAUGCUUCAACUCCAGAUGAAAGGAUGUGUCGGUUGUCUGGAAACUGAACGGAUGGGUCUGUUGCAACUCAAGAAUGGUUUUAAAGUAGAAGAAGAAAGCAUGCUGAAAUCAUGGAGUCAUGAUGAUCCUAGCAGUGAUUGCUGCCACUGGAAAAGGGUAAAGUGUAGUGACGCUACUACCGGUGGCCACGUAGUCCACCUCUCGCUUGAUGAACUCAUACCCGCCAGUUAUGAGUUAGAAAACCAGUCUCCAAAUCUGUCUUUGUUCCAUAGCUUCCCUCGACUCCAAAACCUUAAACUUUCGUUCAAUAAGUUCAGUGACUUGUUUGAUCCCAUCAAUGUACUGACAGGUAUGCCAAUGUUGCAAGAACUGGAUCUAAGUAAUAAUGGAUUCACCGACUUCGACAAGCUAGGUGUAAUGCUUCCUUCAUCUUUACACGUACUGAAUCUUGCAAACAAUCAAUUACCAUCGACACCAAAAGGCUACUUGAAGAUUUGCGCAUUAAUGAAUUUUAGAGAACUAGAUUUAAGCUCCAAUGCUUUGACAAAUACUCCUUAUUGUCUGGCAAACCUAAGCCGUCUUCGAACUCUUGAUCUAUCCGAAAACAAAAUCAGUGGAGACUUGUCUUCCUUUGUACCUGGUCUACCAUCAACGCUUGAGUACUUAUCCCUUUUUGAUAAUGACUUCAACGGUUCCUUCUGGUUCAGUUCGCUGGCCAAUCACACAAGACUCACAGUAUUCAAGUUGUCAACGAAACUUGGUACGAUCCAAACUCAGGCUGAGAGCUCCUGGCUUCCACCAUUUCAGUUGAAGAUACUUAAGCUAAAGAAAUUCAAUCUUGGCAGCACAAUCCCUAGCUUUCUUGCUCAUCAACAUGACUUGCGCUCUGGCUUGUGCAGAAUAAUACAAGGCUGGCGGCUAUUAGACUGACCAACAAUUUGUUGACAGAGCUUCGACUACCUUCUAGGCUUGUUCAUGGACUAAAUUUUCUUGAUGUCUCAUGUAACAGGAUAUACGGUUCACUUCCAGAAGACAUAGGGAUUGUUUUUCCACAUCUAAGGUACAUGAACUUUUCUUCAAACCACAAUCAUGGAACCAUUCCAUCUUCUAUGGGCGAGAUGAAAAGUCUAGAAUUCUUGGACAUGUCCUCUAAUUAUCAGAUGUACGUGGUUGCUACUCUCUCAGCGUUCUGAAGCUCUCCAACAACCAACUCCAGGGGAAAGUAUUUCCAAGGCAUGCAAAUCUUACUAGUUUAGUUUGGUUGUUUCUUGAUGGAAACCGUUUUGGUGGGAGUCUCGAACAAGGUUUGUUGAACUCAAAGUCUCUACGUCUUUUGGACAUAUGAUCAGAUAAUAGCUUUUCCGGCACGCUUCUGAUAUCUGGCAUAUUUACAUUGUUUUAUCCAUUCAUCCAUGAGAAUUUUCAUCAUAUAGAUUAUG